AUGGCUGAUGAACCCGAUUAUGAGCCCUCAGAAGCAUCUAGCUAUGAUCCUGCGGCGGCUUUACUCGACAACAUCUCCCAGCCUUCAAAGAAACGGCGCCAGUCGCUGGAUUCUACGGAUGCCCAGCAACCCAAGAAAGUGAGGCUUGGGGGAGCUGGAGCUGAUCCUACUGUUCCCAAGGAGUACCACGAGCUGGCGGUGAACCGAGCCAAGCAGCUUCCAGGAGAGAUAUGGCAACAUAUCUUCACCCUUGUACCACCCAGGGACCUGGGUCGUUUGUUGAUUGUCAACAAACUUUUUCAUGUUUUUCUUAGCCCUUCUGCUGCUGGUUCUACCCAGCAACCCAGUGAUGUGCCGUCCUCCCUUCCGCCCCUGAAGCCAGAUGCCAUAUGGCAAGCUUCAAGGAGGCUUUUCUGGCCCCGCAUGCCUGCUCCUCUAAAAGGGAAGUCCGAACUACAAAUGUGGCGUCUUGUCUGCUCUACAUCUUGUCAGUUGUGUGGUACCAAGGGCCAGAAGAACCCCCGAUCUUCAAAGAGCGAAGCAUGGCGUAGUGGUCCUGGCCCAACUGAUGUUUGUCCCAUUUUUCCAUUUUGCAUCUUCACCUGCGGCAACUGUCUGAAGAAGAAUGGGGUCAGAGAAAUUGAUCUCUUACUUUCUUCGAUCUUCCCUUCCUUUCUUCUUCCUGCUCUUCCUCCUAUUCUGGUGGAUACAGAUAUGCAUGUCAUACUUCCCCGUGCCAUGCAGAUGGGAACACUCCCUCCCGACACUCAGGUCACUAAACUAUUCUGGGCAGAUCACGUUGAACAAGUCAAGGCAGAAUUCACAAGCGUCAAGGCACUGGGUUCUGCUGCCGCUGAAGAGUGGAUCAAGGGUUUAGAAAUUCGUGGGAAGCAGGUUUUGGUAGACGCCUCUCGCUGGGAGAAGUGGGCUGGCGCCGGCGGAAUUGCUCAUAUACGAGAAGAACAUGUUGCAGCCGAGGUUGAUAUCUCAGCCUCUGCUACAUUCUUCCCUGCCACUUCUUUUUCUGAUAAGCCUUUGUUAAGUGUCACCCCGAAGACUGACAAGCAACAAUCGCAAAUAUCCAACAAUGUUGAGCGGAAUGGUUCUUCGUUACUCCUGGAAGUAAACUCCCAACUACCACAGGCUCCAGCGCAACAAAAGCGGACCAAAGAAGAGGCUGCUCGGCUCAAGGCCCAAAGGCGAGCUGAUAUCGAACGUCGGGCCAUGCUGCUUGACCCUCCACUGACUGCAGAUGUCCUGACCCACAUUCCAUCUUUUCAAGCAGCUCUCCAGCUCAUCACACCACUCGAUGAUGGCGCUUGGGAACUAUUGAAGCCCCGCCUGCUUGCCCAGAGAGAGGAAGCUGAGCAGCGGGCAAAACAGACUAGCACAAGCACCCAGGGCCCUCAGGGGGGACCCGGCAAGAAGGAAAUCGAGAAGAAACCUUCUAGGGAAUCAAGGGAAGUUGCUGAUGAGGAAUGGGAUGAAACCCAAGGUCCUGUUCGAACUCGCAUAUCAGAAUAUGCUGACGAAAUCAUCGAGAGUUGGAACAAUGGUGCUAAGAUCAAGAGGAAGAUCUGCCCUCAAUUUGCUGCAGAUAUCUUGCUCCAUGUUCGCAAACGAUUUUACGCCGAGGUUGCAAAAGACAGGGCCGCAUUGGUCGCUGCCGGGAAAAGGCCAAUCGUUGAGCCUCCAGAAGGUCCCUGGACUCAAAAAUUAACUUUGGAAAAUAUGAAGUGGGUUUUUGACGUUAAGGUCAAGCCUCGUACCGAGUCGCUGCGUAAGGAGUUGUUCCUUUGCAAUGGCUGCCCCGGUGGAACCGGAAUGCUCAAGUUCUUCGGGUUCGAAGGCGUACUUCAACACUAUGCAGCAAAACAUACGACUGCUCUUAGUCUGGGCAAUGUCGUAGUGCAUUGGAGAGCAGAAUGGCCAGAGGUGCCACCCUUCUGUCCUGACCCUCGAAUGAAGGAAAAGACCUACUAUGAGAAAGGUCCGUCCAACUCUCAGCAGUCUAAAGACAUUCCGCUUCAACAAGCCUAUCCGGGCUUCCAAUCGGGUCCGCCAACAGGAUAUCUACCUCCUGUCUAUGGUGCAGAAGCACCAACUAUGCCACCUUACCUUGCUGAACCUCGUAUGCCAAUACCCCAUGUGACUCCAUACGGUCAAGCCGGAGCUCAUGCGUACGGUGGGCCAUACUUAGGUCAGCCUUACAAUGAUACUGCGACAUAUGGCUCCAAUCCUCAGCGGUUCCCUCUAGAAAUGCCCCACGGCUCCCAUAACCACCCGAACGAUUACUCUAUGCCUGUGCCUCCAGUCUCUGGUCACCUUGAUUAUGAGCCAUAUCCUAGUCACAACGACAUCAACGGUGCCACAUCAACCAGCAUGCCUCAGCAAACCCAGCCUGAUACCAUUACCAGAUCUACUCAUUCUGCAUGGUCUACGGUCGGCCAGAACAAAAAGAUACCUCCCCCAGUCAGAGCCCUUUCGGUGAUCCACCACGCUGCCAAAACUUUCAGAGAUACGCAUCAUGAGCCAUUGUCAUUGGGUAUGUUCAUCGAUGCCAUAGCGAAAAGUAGAAAGCUGCGUACGUUUCGAUCGCUCAACGGAGUCGCAUGUAGAGCGUGUGACAGUGAUGUCUUUCAUCUGCCCAAACUGGCCAGCCAUUUCAAGGCAGUACACGAAGACCUACCCAUAAGUCAAGGACUGGCAUCAAUGAACUGGCUAAAAGACAUGAUUAAACUGCCGGAAGAAGAGCGUUUGGCUGGGUUAGUGGGCAUACUACGCGAGGACACGGCUGCAUACUCUUUAGUAGAAGAGGCUAUCCCCUGGGUAUUUGAACAGGCUUUUGUGGACAAGUAUGGUUCAAGGCCUUCGCAGACAAGGUCCAACAAUACUCUUUCUGUCCAAGAGCCGAAACAGCUCCCUCCUCAAGCUACGGCUUUCGUUACAGACAAUCCACCCCAGGAGGGGCGUUUACAGAACACUGCUGCGCAGGUAGACAACACGCAACAGCCUGACCAUCUCCUUUCCUCAACCCAACCCCAGUCAGCAAUGCCACCACCAUUCACUGCGUCUUUACCCGCUCGGUUACAAGUUGAGUCUGGGCCAGAUAUAGCGCCUCUUCGCCCAGCUAGUGAAGUUUACGGUCGUAAAACACACCAAGCUUCAACAGUCAAGUCCAGGCCUGUUGAUCCCGCAAAAAUUGAUGUUUCCAGAACGGAUGACCACCCAAAGUCAGAGCUUGAACAACUACGCGAGUCAGCAAAGGAAAGAGGAAACCGUGGUGCCAGAGGCAAGACUGAACACAAGCUCGCAGCUCAUCGCCCUUCCCACCAUGCAAAACCCCGACAUUGGCGUGACGAACUGUCAUCUGAUCACCGAGAUGCACGAGAGCAACGAUAUUCGGGCACAGAGCCGGUCGGACAUCGCGACAGGAGCGCCUCAGUAGGAAACCGGCCGCACGAAAGCCAUCCUCCAGACAGUAUGAGGGUGAAUGCAACACUCGGUUACGUCGAGGUUGAAGAACUUCCACUCGUUCAAAAGCAACAAGCAGAAGAAGAGGAAGAGGAAGUUGUGUAUGUGGAUGAGUCUGGGCGCGAGAUUGGUCGAGGCCGCAGAGCUCGAAAUACCCUUCCCCGAGAACCUAGAUACAGUGUUCCUGGCGAGCGAGGGUUCGGUGACUAUGAUCACCCUUUAUGGUAUGGUGAUCACCUCCGCCAUCAGGAGAGCAGUCCUCGGCCACGAUACACACAGCCAGGGUAUCACUAUAGACCCGAGCCACCCAAUGCCCCUCACCGAGCUUACUAUGACCAUCGCGACACCCGCCCUCCUACGGAGUACCCUGCAGAGGUAUACGAGCUUGUCGAGGUUCGUCACCCUGACGGUGACUACUUUGUCAGACGUCCUAUCCGACGGGAUGAUAGACCUUAUUAUGCCUUUGAAUCUCAGCCGCCCCCAAGGGAGCAAAGCGUUUAUCCCACACAGCGAUAUGUUGAGGGUCCACCCGGUUAUAGGGUUGGUUCUCAAGGAAACGCUCCCAUCCCUCCAUCAGCACCGAGGCCCACAUACGAUGAUUAUGAUCCGCGAUAUCCUUAA